CUGUCCAGGGGAGGAGAACCCCUUCCUGCCUCAAGUUGAGUGGAUUUAGGAAAGGGUCUCCGUUUUCUCGCCCAUUUUUCCCAGAUUGAGGGCUUGGCCGGUGCAGGACUGACUUCAUCCAUGCUUAGAGGCUAAGAAAAAUGGCAAAUAUGGAUAGUGAUUCUAGGCAUCUUCUCAUCCCUGAAGUAGAUCAUGAAAUAAAUCCUGGACCUAUGAAUAUCCAGUUUGAUUCAUCAGAUCUAAGAUCCAAAAGGCCUUUCUAUAUAGAGCCCACAAACAUCGUCAAUGUGAAUGAUGUCAUUCAGAGGGUUAGCGACCAUGCCUCUGCCAUGAACAAGAGGAUUCAUUACUACAGCCGGCUCACCGCUCCUGCAGACAAGGCACUGAUUGCUCCAGAUCAUGUAGUUCCAGCUCCAGAAGAGUGCUAUGUAUAUAGUCCAUUGGGUUCUGCUUAUAAACUCCAAAGUUACACUGAAGGAUAUGGUAAAAACACCAGUUUAGUAACCAUUUUUAUGAUUUGGAAUACCAUGAUGGGAACAUCUAUACUAAGUAUUCCUUGGGGCAUGAAACAGGCUGGCUUUACUACUGGAAUGUGUGUCAUCAUGCUGAUGGGCAUUUUAACACUUUAUUGCUGCUAUAGAGUAGUGAAAUCACGAGCUAUGAUAUCAUCAGUGGAUACCACUACCUGGGAAUAUCCAGAUGUCUGCAGAUAUUAUUUUGGCUCCUUUGGACAGUGGUCAAGUCUCCUUUUCUCUUUGGUGUCUCUUAUUGGAGCAAUGAUAGUUUAUUGGGUGCUUAUGUCUAAUUUUCUUUUUAAUACUGGAAAGUUUAUUUUUAAUUUUAUUCAUCACAUUAAUGACACAGAUGCGGUACUGAGUACCAAUGAUAGCAACCCGGUGAUUUGUCCAAGUGCUGGGAGUGGUGGCCACCCUGACAAUGGCUCUAUGAUUUUCUAUGCCAAUGACACGGGACUGCAGCAGUUUGAAAAGUGGUGGAAUAAGUCUAAGACAGUGCCCUUUUACCUCAUAGGGCUCCUGCUGCCACUGCUCAAUUUCAAAUCUCCUUCAUUUUUUUCAAAAUUUAAUAUCCUAGGCACAGUAUCUGUUCUCUAUUUGAUUUUCCUUGUCACCUUGAAGGCCAUUCGCUUGGGAAUUCAUUUGGAAUUUCAUUGGUUUAUGCAAACAGAAUAUUUUGUACCAGAGAUAAGAUUUCAGUUUCCACAGCUGACUGGAGUGCUUACCCUUGCUUUCUUUAUUCAUAAUUGUAUUAUCACACUCUUGAAGAACAACAAGAAUCAAGAAAAUAAUGUGAGAGACUUGUCCAUUGCUUAUAUGCUGGUGACAUUAACCUACCUCUAUAUUGGAGUCCUGGUUUUUGCUUCAUUUCCUUCACCACCAUUAACCAAAGAUUGCAUAGAGCAGAAUUUUUUAGACAACUUCCCUAGCAGUGACAUCCUGUCCUUCAUUGCAAGGAUAUUCCUGCUGUUCCAGAUGAUGACUGUAUACCCACUCCUAGGCUAUUUGGCUCGAGUUCAGCUAUUGGGCCAUGUCUUCGGUGACAUUUAUCCUAGCAUUUUCCACGUGCUGAUUCUUAAUCUAAUUAUUGUGGGAGCUGGAGUAAUCAUGGCCUGUUUCUACCCAAACAUAGGAGGAAUCAUAAGGUAUUCAGGAGCAGCAUGCGGCCUGGCCUUUGUAUUCAUAUACCCAUCUCUCAUCUAUAUAAUUUCCCUCCACCAAGAAGACCGUCUGACAUGGCCGAAAUUAAUCUUUCACGUUUUCAUCAUCAUUUUGGGCCUGGCUAAUUUGAUUGUUCAGUUUUUUAUGUGAAAUACUCAAUGUUUUCUCAAGAUCUUUUGUGGUAUUUUCAACUUUGACAACAAUUCCACAUAAAUUCACUUGUAAAUGGUGUUAUUGCUGUAAUUCUAAAUGUUUUCCUAAGAUAAUUUGGGGGGGAAAAAAAGGAAAUGGAGGUCCAUUAAUAAGUAAUUUUGAUUAGAGUGGAAAAGGCGGCAAUGAUCUUUAUCUUUUUUCAUAUUCACCACCUCCUCAUUCUCACUGUCUUUUCUGAGUAGAAGCGUAAGCCCUUAGGAAAAAUCACGCUGGUUUUUGCUUUUACAGUUUUAAGGUGCAUAGGUUUAUUUUGACUACAGUAAAGAUUCUCAGGGUGUCACAGCAACUAUUGCCAGAUGCUAUUUCUGUUUUAUGUUUGAAUGUAUUCACUUUCAUUUUAUUACUUGCUAGAUCAUUUCUGCAGUUUGUCCAAACAUUUACUGUUUGGGACAGUAAACCAAAUACCUCAUUUUUAAAAAGAAAUUUCCAUGGCAUCAGUGUUAAUAGAGUGAACUCUUAACUGCAUCCUUAAUCUCUGUUUAAAAGAGAGAAAGAAUGUCAGUAUAGGCUUUGUGGUCAUGAAAUUUACACAAAAUAAAAGAACUGGGAGAGUU